CUCCGUGAGUGCAAAACAACCCCACACUGUUCCUUUUUUAUGCGGCUUGAUGCAUUGCUAGGAAACAAAACAACACCUUCAUUCUAUGCCCUCAUAAAUUAACAUUCAGAAUUCCCACUUGUCUCUCUUAUUCUCUGCCAAAACUUGUUACAAGUCUUUAAUUUCCAGGUCUUCUCUUUCUCUCUAUCUACUUCAAAGUUUUGCUGUGCAAUUAAGCUUCUUAGCUUGCUCUUCAAAUCUUAUUAGUGUUUAAUUUAGCUGCCAAGGUGUGUCUUAAUUGAGGCUCCCUAGGGACCCAGAUGAUAGGCUCAUCUCAAAGUUUUCUUCAAUUUCUAAUAGUUUUGCAGUUUUUGUCCUUUCUCUCUCUCUCUCUCUCUUAAGAUUUUUCUUUUUCAUACAAAAAUUGUAUCACUACCUUGUUUCCACUUUUCCCGUGCUAGUGUUACAACAUACGUACAUUAUAUUCUCCGAUAAUAGUAUUAUUAGUAUUGACUAUAGUGAAAUUCAAUUGGUAGGCUUAGCACCCAGAACGUCAAUGUCAAGAUAAGCACAAGAAAAAGAACAGUUGUAGGUGUGCAAGUAACCCUUUGAUUAAGCCUGUUCUUCAAUUAGAGGGGAUGCAUUAGGGUUGAACACGUUACAGGACGAUCCACAAUCACCAUUAAAGAAAACCCACGAGUGAGAUGAUGAUUGUUCAAGGAAAAAAAAUAUCAGAUUAAAAAAAGAGAGAGAAAAAAAAAAGAAAAGGAGUUAGCUAGGGAAAUGAGAUUAAGUUUUAGAUCUUGGCCUUCUUUAUAUUAAAAGUUGAUCAUCAAAUUUGAUGGACAUGAGAGAGCAAGAUAAGGUCAUAGAGAUGCCUAGCACUUUGGAUUAUAACAACUCCUCUUCUAGUCCCAAGCUAUCAUCACCAAUAGGUGAAAGAUGUGAUCAAUUACCUCCUCAUCAAUCUCACACAUUAGUUUUCACUGAUCCACCACAAACUUCUUCACAUCAUCAUAAUCUCUAUCCCCCUUCACUCCCACCAAACCCUCUUCAACUUCCACAACCUCAUCACAGACCCAGAAGAGAUCCAGAUCCAAGUCCUAUUAUUUCUCCUCCAAGAACAACACCACCUCAACCACAACCACACACAACAACAACAUUAUUCAGAUACCGAGAAUGUCUGAAGAAUCAUGCUGCAAGCAUGGGGGGUCAUGUCACAGAUGGGUGUGGAGAGUUCAUGCCAAAUGGAGAAGAGGGCACCCCAGAAUCCUUCAAGUGUGCAGCUUGCGAGUGCCACCGCAAUUUCCACAGAAAAGAACCUCAUCAAGGAGUAGUACUAGAGUCACAACUACUACAACAUGUUCUCAACAAAAACAGUAGGAACAUAAACAUUCUUCAUUCUCCACACUCUCAUCAUGUUCUUCAUGGGGUUGUUGGUGGGCCAGUUCAGCCCGUGAUGUUGGGCUUUGGGGGAUCAGGCCCAGCUGAGUCCUCAAGCGAAGAUCUCAACAUGUUUCAGACCCUUGAUCAUAGAGGAGGAGGGAACUUGUUAUCAUCAUCAGUGCAGCAGCCACCACUCUCAUCAUCAUCUUCAAAGAAGAGGUUCAGGACCAAGUUCACACAGCAACAGAAAGAUAGGAUGAUGGAGUUUGCUGAGAAACUUGGGUGGAAGAUCCAGAAGCAAGAUGAACAGGAACUGCAUCAGUUUUGCUCCCAGGUUGGUGUAAGAAGACAGGUUUUCAAGGUUUGGAUGCACAACAGCAAGCAAGCCAUGAAGAAGAAGCAAUUGUAAGCCUAGAUUAAUUAAUCAAUCAAUCUCAUCUCUUUAAUUUAAUUGUUGAUUUCUUUUCUUCUUUUUUCAAUUUUUCUGUCUAAUAAAAAUACUCCAGACUUUAAACUCUCAGAGAUGUGAAUAUAUUAUACAGAUAAGGAAAUAGGUAGCUAGCUAGAUACAUUAGUUGAAAGCUGCUAUUAUGUAUUCUCAUCUGUAUGUUAUUAAUUAAAUUAAACCAUUCAAUUUCAA